AGACAAGAAAACGCGUAGGAAACGUCAAGAACAGCCGAAUAAUUUAAGAAUACUUGAAACUUCACAACUUUGACUGUCAACAUUAACUUUCUUAUUUAGUCGAUUAAUUUUUCUUCCAAGGUGCUGAGACUGCUGAGCGAAACUAAUUUGAGCUUCUUAUUAUUUUCAUUUUUGCAAAAUACUGAAUAACAUUCGCUAAUGGUGCAUAGUGUUAAAUUAAAUCAAAUCAAAUAUGUUGACAUAAACGUGAUAAUGGUGUUUUUAUGUCUACUACAUCAAAUAUAGUAUCGCGGUGGCGGGUUGCGAGCACGGCGCGGGCGGGGGCGGGGGUGCGGCGGGGCGCGGCGCGGACACGAUCCGGCGCGUGAAGGUGAAGAUGUCGUCGGUGUCCGCGCAGGGCGUGGUGGAGCGCGCAUCGGCCGAGCUGUCGCGGCGCAUCACGGGGCUGGGGCUGCGCGGGCGGCGGCGCUCGCCCGGCGUGGUGGAGCGCGUGGCCAACGCGCUCUGCGGGCCCGCCGCCGCCGCGCCCCGCGUGCCCCGCCGCCGGCGCCCGUCCCCUCGCCCCCUCGUCUGGACCCAGUACGUCCAGGAGGAACGCUUCCUCGAAAAGUUCUUCCUGUAUUUCAACUCCAACGAGCGACGGACGUUGGCUCAAGUCUGCACCAAGUGGCGCGACGUGCUAUACUCGUCGCCGCGGUGGUGGACCGGCCUAGUGGCGGUCCUCGACUGCCGCGAGCUCCGCUCGGCUACCGGCUUCUGCAUGCAGAGGUUCUAUAACUCCUUAGUUAGAAGAGGAAUCCGCGGGGUUGUGUUAGUUUCGGCUAGUGAUGAUGAUAUUAAUGAAUUUAUAAGACAAUUUCCCUUGUCGGCUCACCAUGUCCACGCUAUUAGCCUAAAAGGAUGCACAAUAACAGAUAGAGGGCUUGAAGCGAUCUUGGAUCACCUACAGGUAGGAGCAGUGGCGCAACUCCUGCCAUCCCUAUACGAAUUCUCCCUACAAGCGUACCAUGUAACGGACGCGGCGCUCGGCUACUUCUCGCCCAAACAGAGCGCCUCGCUCAGCGUGCUGAGGCUGCACAGUUGCUGGGAGCUCACCAAUCACGGCGUCGUCAAUAUUGUGCAUUCACUUCCCAACCUGACCGUACUGUCACUAAGCGGGUGCAGCAAAGUGACGGAUGAGGGCGUAGAGCUCCUAGCUGAGAAUUUGCCGCGGCUCCGGUGCCUCGACCUGAGCUGGUGUCCGCGCGUCACCGACAACGCGCUGGAGUACAUCGCUUGCGACCUCAACCACCUGGAGGAACUGACUCUAGACCGUUGCGUGCACAUAACGGAUAUAGGCGUGGGUUACAUUAGUACGAUGCAAUCGUUAGUGGCGCUAUUCCUGCGCUGGUGCUCGCAGCUCCGUGACUUUGGCGUACAACAUCUCUGCGGUAUGCGGUCGCUGCAGCUGUUGUCACUGGCCGGUUGCCCGCUGCUGACAUCAGGCGGUCUCUCAAGCCUGAUCCAACUGCGACAGCUCCGCGAGCUCGAGCUGACCAACUGCCCCGGCGCCUCGCCCGAGCUCUUCGACUAUCUGCACGAGCAUCUGCCGCGGUGCACCAUCAUAGAGUAACCACGUCAAUUCAACAGGUACGCGAGGGAAAUUAUUUUCGUUGCAUUCGAUACUACUACUGAAGUACGUCAUAUUGUAUGAUGUUGGCCAUGUUGUAUGAUGCCGCUGCCGUUUGAUCACUAUUUGUGACGUUUCAAUCAAAACAUUCAAAACGUAUCACACUGUCGGUUGUCGAUUAGGUUGAUUUUAAAUCGGAGCUAUAUGGAAAUAGUGCGUUAUUGACAACCGACAAGUAUGUACAUUUGGUUGAAAAUGGCACAUUUAUUUUUUAGAGAUGGGUCGAUUUGCCGAAUACGAAUAUUCGGCUGAAAGUACGGUUCAGAUCUUACCGAACCGAAUAUUCGGCCGAAAUAUUCGGUUAAUCUGUAUCAUUCUAAUA